UCACCGUUUCCCCUCUUAGCAAGUAUACGUACUAAAUGCUCUCGCGGCCGUGUUGGUUUCCCGCAUAAGUGGGCGUGGGAGGAAAGUCGCGCGGUCGUCCUGUAUCUACGAAAAUCGUGAACGAAACCCGUGAUUCAGCCCCGACUUGGGCGGAUGGAGAAGUCGAUGGCGUCGGAGGCGGCCUACGACCGACAGUGGCGGCUGCGCGCAGCGUUCUUCGGUGAUGACGAGGCCGAGUUUACGCGCCUCCUGCGGCAAGACGGAGUCGACCUCAACUUCGUGUACGGUGAGCCGGCGUUUGAGCCGCUGCUGCUCAGCGCAUGCCGCCGGCACGACUGGAAGCGAGUGCGGCGGCUGCGCGAGCUGGGUGCCGACCUGGAGGCACGCGACCUGUCCGGAGACCGGACGGCGCUGCUGUGGGCGGCCGAGCAGGCCGAGCUGCCGCUGCUGCAGCUGCUGCUGGGCGACCCAGCCGCCGGCGACGCAGCCGCCGAGGAGACCAGCUUCAUCGCGCCGCCAGUCGACCUGAACGCUCGCAACACGGCCGACAGCACGGCACUGAUGCGGCCGCCGACCGAGCGGCUGGAUCUGACGCCGCUGCGGGACGACGGACCGCGCGGCCUCGACGAGACCGCCCUGCACAAGGCGGCGCGCUGCGAGCCGGCGCCCGGCGUGCGCCAGGACUUCGACGAGUGCCUGCGCCUGCUUCUGGCCGAGCGGGCAGACACGCCCUGCGCUUGCCCGCAGAUCGACUUCACUUGCCUGGUGCCGCCGCAGCGACCGCAGAAGACGCCGGAGAUGCCGGUGCUGAUGCGCAUGCGCGACAGCCCGCUGCUGCGGCCGCUGCUCCGCCAUCCGGUGAUUGUGGCUCUGCUGUACCUCAAGUACGACCGCGUGCGCUGGAUUUACUACUUCAACGUGCUGCUGUUCCUGAGCUUCACCGUGCUGCUGACGCUGUUCGUGUUCGGACUGGACGGCCGCGCCGGUCUGGGCGAGUGGGCCAGCUCGGCGGGGGUGCGCAUCGUGCUCACGGUCGGUCUGGCGCUGCUGGCGCUGCGCGAGCUGGUGCAGGUAACGCUCUCCGGGCCGCUGUACUUCCUCAGCCUGGAGAACCUGGUGGAGAUGGGGGUGGUGGCGCUGGGCCUGCCGCUGCUGUGGGCCACGCUCAGUUCGGCCACCGCCCACCACCUGUCCGCCUGGGUCAUGAUCUUCACCUGGCUCGAGGUGGCGAUGAGCAUGGGCAGGCUACCCUCGCUGGCGCGCUACAAGACCAUGAUGGAGAGCAUCGCGCUCAGCUUCGGCAAGCUUAUCUUCCUCUACUUCGGUCUGGUGCUCGCCUUCGCCAUCGCCUUCUACCUGGUUUUCAACGGCGUCGACAGCUUCGCCACGUUCGGCGUGUCCGUGCCGAAGGCGAUCGCCAUGGCCACUGGCGAAUUUGACUACGGCGACCUGAGCGCCACUCUGCAGGUAGACGCUGCCCAGGGCAUCGGCCCGUCGCACGUCGUCUCCUCGGUCUUGCUCUUCAUCUGCUUCCUCUUCCUCAUCUUCAUCGUGCUGAUGAACCUGCUCACUGCCCUGGCCGUGGACGACACCAAGGCCAUCAUGGAUAACGCCGAGGUCAUGGCGCAGGACAAUCGCACUCUGUUGCUCAGCUACAUCGAGGACUUUUUCCUGCUGACCUACCUGCCACGGCGGCUGAAGCGACCGGACGGUGCGCUGCGCGAGGCAGCCGACUCGUGCUGCAGCGGUCUGCGGCACCGGCUGCGCAGUCGCCUGCUGCUCUUCCAUUCGGCGCUCAGCGCGUGCACGUACCCGUUCUUCCCCAACCGGCGGCCGGACGAGGUCACGUGCCGCGUGGUGGCGAACGCCAUGCGCCAGCGCCAGUGCGGCCAUGGCGCGCGCCUCUGCCUCCGUUGGCUGACGCUGGAUGAGUGCGCGGCGGGCGACCGCAGGCGGGAGCUGUGCGAGCUGCCGGCCGAGGUCAGGCAGCAGCUGCUGAAGCUGGUCGUCAAGGAGCCCACGCUGCAGCAGCAGGUGGACAAGCUGCAGUCGGACGUCACCGUGCUGGCCUCGGCGCUCUUUGCGUAUUUGGAGGCACAGAAGAGCUCGCCGUGAACGGUGGGGCGCCCGAGCCGCCUCCGGCGACGAAGGGCCAGCGUGUUGAUGUUAGCCUGGGCUGAUGUCAGCGUGCCAGCUGCCGCUUACCAGCCGGCGGCGCGCUGACAUCAGCCCCGCCCAGCCCGCCGGGAAGCGAGCUGCUCCCGCUGGUGCCCCGCACCGCUUUACGGCAGACUCGUGCACCACCGUUUUGCUUGUGACUGGAAGAUUAAGCUUGUUGAUGGUAUUUUUUAUGCUUUUUGUGCUGCGUUUUAAGCAUGCGAAGCGUCCUUGGCCCCUGCUUGCUUUCUCAGGUAUUCUGCGCUCUUCUGCUCAGGUGGUCUCUUGAGGUAGUGGCCUGCCUCUCUCUUGGCUCGCGAAGGCAGCCCGUAUGAGAGUGCGAGCGGUAUCAAGGGGGGGGGGGGGGG